AUGUAUGAUGCACGUAGAGCUGCUGCAAUGAAGACAAUCAAACAAUCUUUCACUAUUGGGAACUCUUCCAGUAGUUUUCAUGCACUUAAUACUAUGUUGCAAGUCAUACCUGCAACUGCCGAUCGAAGUUCAAUCAGUAAUCUUGAGCCAAAUUCUCCCAGCUCUGCUGCAAUUGAGCAUUUUUCUUCCCCGCAGACAUUGCCAGUGAAUGCUGGUCAUCAGCACCAAAUUUUGAAACCCAUGAAGCGUAAACGUGCUACAUCUGAACAUACUCCUUGGUAUAAAGAAGUUUCAGUGGAUUCACGGAGCAAUCAGACAAUCAGUUCUCACCAGUGCCAUUCUUCACUUAGUGCCCUCCCAGCUCAGAGCUCAUCCCGUACUCCAUCUCUUCAGGGCUCUUCUACUCCGAGUGCUUCUGUUAGUCACUUCGUCUGCCACAGAGAUGCCUCUGUACNAAAAAACGAGCAGAUGUUACAGAUGUAUGAUGCACGUAGAGCUGCUGCAAUGAAGACAAUCAAACAAUCUUUCACUAUUGGGAACUCUUCCAGUAGUUUGCAUGCACUUAAUACUAUGCUGCAAGUCAUACCUGCAACUGCCGAUCGAAGUUCAAUCAGUAAUCUUGAGCCAAAUUCUAUCCCCAGCUCUGCUGCAAUUGAGCAUUUUUCUUUCCCGCAGACAUUGCCAGUGAAUGCUGGUCAUCAGCACCAAAUUUUGAAACCCAUGAAGCGGAAACGUGCUACAUCUGAACAUACUCCUUGGUAUAAAGAAGUUUCAGUAGAUUCACGGAGCAAUCAGACAAUCAGCCUGGCAGAAAGAGAGUGGGCUAGAGCUGCUAAUAGGCUUACUGAAAAGGUUGAAGAAGGCAUUGAUUUUAUUGAGGAAGGGGCACCAGGGGUUAAAGCUAAAAGAAGGGUUUUAUUGACCACUCAGCUUAUGCAGCAACUACUUCGACCUCCACCUGCAGCAAUUCUUUCUGCAGAAGCUAAUUCAGAGCAUGAGAGUGUGGCUUACUCCAUCGCUAGAUUGGCAUUGGGGGAUGCAUGCAGCAUGGUCUGUAGCUCAAAUGGUGCUCUGAAUAUGCCUCAUGAUGAUAAAAAACUGCUUCCUGAAAACUGCAAUACUUCACAGAGGGUUAAUAAACAUUGUUUUGCCAAAACCGUAGAAGAGUUAAUGGGAAGAGCGAGGAGAUUAGAAAGUGACUUUUUGAGACUGGACAAGAGAGCAUCCUUAUUAGAUGUGAUAGUAGAAGGGCAAGACCNACCCUAUCCCAGGCUUCAGACAACAGCAGUAAUAGAGUGGGAGCAGGCUUCCAGUCCAGUGAGACCCGAGUUUCUUCCAAAGAGUAUCUGUGGCUAUCUUCCUCCUAUUUCGGUUAAAACAAUGCUUCGAUAUAAUGGGAAGGAGUGGGCUGUGACUCUCACAAGUGGUGUUCGGAGAAGACUCGUUAAUGGGUGGAAACAAUUUGCUGUCGACAAUAAUCUGAAGAAAGGGAGUGUUCUUCUCUUUGAACUAGUUCGGCUACAUCAGGGGUUGUGA